UCCGAUUGCCCUAAUUACUUUUUUGCUUAAUAUGAAUUAAAAACACUAUUUCAUUAACUCAACAAGUCAGCGUAAUUUUGGUUAAACGUACAGUUACACGUGGCAGCAGUAAUUGACUAAGCUAUCAUGGAGGAAAAGGCUUUUUUAUGGACGACUGAACUUACCAAGAAAUUGCUUGAACUUCGCUUUCAGAAUGACUGGUUAUUUAAAAAGAAGAAACAGCCGUGGGCGGAGUUUCGUUCAAUCUUAUUGGAAAAUGGAUACCCAGAAACUAUGACUCUCAAUCAUGUCCGCAAGAAGUGGUCUUAUACUUAUGAUUGUUACAAAGUUGCCAAGAAAACCAGAAAUAAGAGUUGGAAGUACUAUAAGAUGUUUGAAAAACAUUAUGGUAAAACCACUAUUUUGGAUAAAUAUGAAUCAUGGGACGAUGAGUGGCGAUUAAAGCUAGUAAUAUGUAUAUCAGAGGCAAAAGAGAUGAAAGUGGAAUACCAGCAUUUUUGGAGGACUGUGGAGACAGCAAUGAGAAGCCAGGAGCUUCCAGCUGACUGCUGCGUCCAAGACAUGAAGGGGCUUUGGCAGCACAUCAUCACUACAUUCAAUAGAAAAUACCGCCAAAAACUGAAAAAAGACGUCGAAAUAAGCUGGCCGCUAUUCGACGCCAUGCUGUGUUACUACCAGCGCUUCGACCCCGAAUACUUAGUUCGUUUGGAGACGGAGACACCGCUGGCGUUCUUCAGCCGGUGUCGCAAGUCCACCAAAGUCAAGAAGGUUCAGGAGAGUGAGAGCGAUGAGUUUCAGUGGUCGAAAGACAUUACUGAGACGUUCAUUCAGAUACGACUACAAAACGACUGGCUGUUCAGAGAAAGGAAAUGGGCUUGGAAUGAUCUCCUGAAUAUAAUGAAGCAAGAAUAUGGUUUUCCUGACACUUUGAACGGUAGGGAGAUAUGUCGAAAAUGGGCGGCGACUUUUGGCGAGUACCAGAAAUCAAAGGCCACUAACAACAAAAGUUGGCUCUACUACAACUUGUUCGAGUUGUAUUUGGGCGAGGAGCGGCUAAGCCUGAAUCCUCUCAAGGGAUGGCAAGAAGAAUGGGUCUUGAACCUUAUAAGCGCAAGAACGGAACAGGAUUAUUUAUUUAGGUACACCAAAUACCGGGACCAAAGUUCUGCAUGGAGGGAAGUGGAGAAAAAACUUCGUAGUAUGGGUUUACCUAUAGACCACAGCUUGUUGGAUUUGGAAGAGAUGUGGAUGCAUCUUUUAAAGACAUUUAGGUGGAAACGCAAGUUCGCCAACAAGGGUAUCCUAAACGAGCAAUGGGCAUACUUCGACGCGAUGGCACAAUAUGAAGUACUAAAGUCCAAGCCAAACAUCAAACAGCAGAAAGAUGACCAUUACGACCAUGAGGACCAAGUAGAUCAUAUAGACCAAGUGGACCAUGAUAACGAUUUUGAAGAUGACAUCAAACUUUUGGAUUUGAAACAAAGGUUAAACCCAAAAAUAGAAGUGACAGAAAAGCAGUGCCGCUCGUGUUUCGGAACAGGCGCGUGCAUAGACCUUCACAGGACGGAUGAAGAGGGCGUAGACCUGGCCUCUAAACUGCGGGUCAUUGGAGGUAUCGAGAUGGACAAAUCCGAUAAACUUCCAUGGCAAAUAUGUCUCCACUGUCUAAGCGACUUAGAGCACGCGUACAAAUUCCGGCGGAAAUGCCAAGACGUGGACAAACACUUCCGAGACACCAAAUCUAUCAAACUCGAAACCAUAGACAACCUCGAGAACAAUGAUAUAAACAAUAGAGACGAGGAUAUGGCAGACGGUGAUACGCAUUUCGGUGAUUUCGAAAGUGAAGCAGAUAUGAAACAGGAAAAGAAAUUGGCUAAAUCGGAGUCGAAGAAGAUUUUGGUUAGGAAGAAAAAGAAGAUGCGGAAAAUGAGGUACGACUAUUGGAAAGUGUGCGAAAUAUGCGGCAAGCACACGAGGAACCUGCGCAGCCAUCUCGACAUGCACUCCGCAGGAAAAUUCUACUCCUGCGAUGUCUGUGACAAAAGGUUCAAGUUUAAAAGCGGAUUAGUCAUACACAAGGCCGUCCACGACCCAACACCUAAGAAAACAUGCGAAGUUUGCGGAAAAACCUUCCACAUCCUAGCUCAAUACAGAAGACACUUCGUACACCACGCGAACCAAAGGAACCACGAAUGUGACACGUGCGGUAAAAGAUUCAACACUUCAGACAUUCUAACAGUUCAUAAAAGAACGCACACGGACGAAAGACCCUUCAGUUGUGACGAGUGUUGGAAGACGUUCAGGACCGCCGGGUGCGUGAGUCGACACAAACGCAUUGUACACAGGAAGGCAGUAAAGAAUCAAUAGUA